CUUUGACGCCGGCAGCCGCGAUACUCUGGAAACUGGAGUUUCGCUUCGUGGUGGGUGGAGUGGUCCCCGGAGGGCGCAGUGCGCAGGCGUGAGCGGUCGAGCCCCGACGCGCGCGGCGCUCGUUCGGAGUCGGAGUGAGUUCCUGGGCUGCCGGACCCCGCAGCGUGCGAGCUGGUCAGGUGCCUCCUCCGACUGCCAUGGCCGCGCUGCGCUACGCGGGCCUGGAUGACACGGACAGUGAGGACGAGCUGCCCCCGGGUUGGGAGGAGAGAACCACCAAGGACGGCUGGGUUUACUACGCCAAUCACACCGAGGAGAAGACUCAGUGGGAACAUCCAAAAACUGGAAAAAGAAAACGAGUGGCAGGAGAUUUGCCAUAUGGAUGGGAACAAGAAACUGAUGAGAAUGGACAAGUGUUUUUUGUUGACCAUAUAAAUAAAAGGACCACCUACUUGGACCCAAGACUGGCGUUUACUGUGGAUGAUAAUCCGACAAAGCCAACCACCCGGCAGAGAUACGACGGCAGCACCACUGCCAUGGAAAUUCUCCAGGGCCGGGAUUUCACCGGCAAAGUGGUCGUGGUCACUGGAGCCAAUUCAGGAAUAGGGUUCGAAACUGCCAAGUCUUUUGCCCUCCAUGGUGCACACGUGAUCUUGGCCUGCAGGAACAUGGCAAGGGCGAGUGAAGCAGUGGCACGCAUUUUAGAAGAAUGGCAUAAAGCCAAGGUAGAAGCAAUGACCCUGGACCUCGCUCUGCUCCGUAGCGUGCAGCAUUUUGCUGAGGCGUUCAAGGCCAAGAAUGUGCCCCUCCAUGUGCUUGUGUGCAAUGCAGCAGCUUUUGCUCUCAGCUGGAGUCUCACAAAAGACGGCCUGGAGACCAUCUUCCAGGUGAAUCAUCUGGGUCACUUCUACCUCGUCCAGCUCCUGCAGGAUGUCCUGUGCCGCUCAGCUCCUGCCCGUGUCAUUGUGGUCUCCUCAGAGUCCCAUCGAUUUACAGAUAUUAACGAUUCCCUGGGAACACUGGACUUCAGUCGCCUCUCUCCAUCAAAAAGCGACUACUGGGCCAUGCUGGCUUACAACAGGUCCAAGCUCUGCAACAUUCUCUUCUCCAACGAGCUGCACCGACGCCUCUCCCCACGCGGGGUCACCUCGAACGCAGUUCAUCCUGGGAACAUGAUGUACUCCAACAUCCAUCGCGGCUGGUGGGUGUACACGCUGCUGUUUACCUUGGCCAGGCCCUUCACCAAGUCCAUGCAACAGGGAGCUGCCACCACCGUCUACUGUGCUGCCGCCCCAGAGCUGGAGGGUCUGGGAGGUAUGUAUUUCAACAACUGCUGUCGCUGCAUGCCCUCGCCAGAAGCUCAGAGUGAAGAGACGGCCCGGGCCCUGUGGGCGCUCAGUGAGAGGCUGAUCCAAGAACGGCUUGGCAGCCAGUCCGGCUAAGCGGAGCUCCGAGACCACGGGCGCACAUACCCGCUCUGUGUGUGCACCCCCGCGACUGCCGAGGCUGGACCCCUUCUGACCGUAUGAUCCAAGGGGUUUCCGUGUCCCUCUAACACAGAUCCGCAACAGGAAAGGAAAUCAGAGCCGUCUCAACAGCGUGAAGAAUGUUAAGUACGAAUGGGAAGCAGGGAAUGCUAGGGGUAAAGGUGCUUUUCUGCGGCUGGGCUGGGCAUAGGUUUCUUUGCGUUCUGGUGGUGGCCUCUUCAAAAGUAACAACCGGGGUGGUGGGUGGGUUCUGAUUCUUUAUCUGCCUGGAGAAGCAAAAGCAAUUGUCUCUUACUAUUAGAGAGUAUCCAGGGGUCCCCUUGACUCACCCAGCUUCCAGCACGGUCACCACUGCAGGCAGAGAGGUGGGCUGUCUUCUACUUAGGGAAGAAAAAGCAAGUGUUGACCGCUCCUUGCUGCAUCGAUCCAGCAGAUAAUUGUUUCUUUCAUCCUGAUCAUGCGUAAGCCAGCUUUGCAACUGCUGGGGAGACAAAUCUCAGAAACUUGUCCCAGCUGGGCAGGAUGGCAGUGACUCCGAGAUGCAGUGGCAGAGCUCCUGGGGGACAAAGUGUGUGUCAUAGAGUCCUUUGCCAGCGCUACACAAAAAAUUCUUUCAAGUUUCUAUCCAAUAAAUGUUUCAAAUCAUUCCUUAGAUAGCUAGACAGGUAGGGAGGGAUGUGUUCUCAAGAGCACACAGGAUAUUUUGGAGAGCGAGGAAUAUGUCGCUGCCCUCCAUCACUCACCGUCUGUUGUCUUACCUUGGCUUUCUGCUUCAAUGUCCACCUGUGCCGCCCAACCUACGCUUAAUAAAAGAACAUGCUUGAAGAU